ACGAUACGUAUCACAUUGAUAAAAGCAAUUUUUUUCUUCUUACUACAAUAUAAACAUAGUUUCCAAUAAUAUCCUUGUCAUAUUUACCGGUCACAUGGGACUUAAACCACAAUGUUGGCCCGUCAAGGAGAAGAUAUUUAAAUUUUUCUGCCGGGGCGUAUACGAAAGAAAGAAAACAAGACCGCAAACUCCAAAGCUCUACUACCGCAAUUAUGGCCAAAACCACUCGUACGCCUUCUUUCACAUGGAACAUGACCUGCGUGUCUUCUUCAUGACGAUUGGUAGGAGUCGGCUGCACCAUUUGGAUUGGUUUCAAGUGGAUAAAAUGGGGAAAUUCUUCCGAAACGAAACACCCAUCUACGACUAUCACACCAGUUUCGUCUGUGUUAACAAAGAGAACCGCUUUCUACACAGACUGCUGAAAGAAUGCAUGGAUAAUGGGGCCAUGUUUAACACGAGUCUUGACCACUAUCCCGAAAUGAUGGUAUUGCAUUUUCCCCAGACCAAAACGCCAACCUAUACGGUUUCCUUUGGUGACAGCACGCUAUAUUUUAACUGGCUAAUAUGUUUUCUUGGGCUGUUCCUGCUGUUUUGCUGCCUGAAAUAAACCCAUAUUUACAACACAA